CUUCCACACCACAACAUUAAAAGACAGGAGGAUAUGGCCCCAGGGAACCCUUUACAUUUUCCCUCCCCAUUACGCCUCCUGUCUUAUCUCCUCCUCCUCCUCACCGCCGCCGCCACCACCUCUCUCGCCGCCAACAUUCAACACGGAGUCGUGCGAAAACCCGUCCCCGACUUCCCCAUCUUCCGAGAAGCCCCUGCAUUCCGCAACGGAAACACAUGCAACAAUGACAGAAUCCACAUCUCCAUGACCUUGGACUCAAACUACCUCAGAGGAACCAUGGCCGCGGUCCUCUCCAUUCUCCAGCACUCCACGUGUCCGGAAAACGUCGAGUUCCAUUUCCUCUGGGCAAGGUUCGAGCCCCAGGUUUUCACCACCAUCAAGUCCACCUUUCCUUACCUCAGGUUCAAAAUUUAUCGCUUCGAAUCCGAUAGGGUUCGUGGCAAAAUCUCCAAAUCCAUUCGCCAAGCCCUCGACCAGCCUCUCAACUACGCACGAAUCUACCUCUCCGACAUUCUCCCAGGUCACGUGAAACGCGUGAUAUACCUGGACUCUGAUAUCGUGGUUGUGGAUGACAUUGUGAAGCUGUGGGAGGUUGACUUGCAGGGGAAGGUGCUGGCGGCGCCGGAGUAUUGCCAAGCGAAUUUCAUGCUGUAUUUCACGGAUUUGUUCUGGAAGGACAAGGAGUUGAAUAAGACGUUCGAGGGAAGGAAACCGUGCUAUUUCAACACGGGGGUGAUGGUGAUGGACGUGGAGAAAUGGAGGGAGGGGAAGUACAGGGCGAAGGUGGAGGCAUGGAUGGCGGUGCAGAAGCAGAAGAGGAUCUACCACUUGGGUUCUUUGCCUCCUUUUCUUCUGGUUCUGGCUGGGGAUUUGAAGAGUGUGGAUCACAGGUGGAACCAGCAUGGGUUGGGAGGUGAUAACCUUGAAGGCAGGUGCAGGAGUCUUCAUCCUGGGCCUAUCAGUUUGCUGCAUUGGAGUGGCAAGGGGAAGCCAUGGUUGAGGUUGGACUCCAGAAGGCCUUGCUCUGUUGAUCAUCUCUGGGCUCCCUAUGAUCUCUAUCGUCCCAAUACUCAUGCUUUCGAGGAAUGAAAAUUAUCAUAAACUUCCACCUCACAUUCUUUACUCAUCAUAUUUUUCUUGCUGUGCUCCGGUGAACAUUAAAAUUACACUUGCAUUCCUUUGAACAUUCAAAACAAACUCAUAUAUUGGUACUUUAAACAUUAAAAUUAAUAAUCAUCAAGAUAUUUUGAAAUUAUAACAGAGAAACGGUAUAAAAAAAAUCAGCACAUACUUGUUGGAGGAUGAGUUUUCAUCACAUGAAGAUAUAAGAAAUAUUACAUGUAUUGGAAGUCUGGGAAAAUGAAAAAUCCCAGUGAGGGAGGUUAAUGAGAAGGAAUGAAGAAAGGAAGAAAUUCAAACAACAGUUUGGUGUGGAAGAAAAGCGAAAGACAGUGCUAUGAAUGCAAGGGAUAUGAUCCAGAAAAGCAAGAACAAUGAGUAUAGAUAUAUAUACUAGUUGGAGCUGGAGAUUAUACAUGUGUCCAUGACUAAGAUAUUUAUUAAUUUUAAUUAUCCUUUUAA